AUGACUGAAAGAACUCGCAGCAAAGUGGAUCUCAAUGUCUUUGGUGAUGUGAAUGAAGAAUUUCAGACAGAUGUGGGUCGGUCGAAGAGCUCAGGUUUCUGUGGGCUUCUCCUCACAGCUCUGUCUUUUCUUCUCAUUUUCAUGACCUUCCCGAUUUCUGUAUGGUGCUGCUUAAAAAUCGUCAAGGAAUAUGAGAGAGCAGUUAUUUUCCGUUUAGGGCGACUCCUCGGUGGAGCGAAGGGACCCGGUAUAUUCUGGAUCCUUCCGUGUGUGGACAGUUUUCGCAAGGUUGAUCUAAGGACGGUGUCUUUCAACAUUCCUCCUCAGGAGUUGAGUAUCUUUUAGUUAGUUCUGACCAAAGACUCAGUAACCAUCAUGGUAGACGGCGUAGUGUAUUACAGAGUCUUUAAUCCGACAAUGUCGAUUACUAAAGUGGAGGAUGCUAAUGUGGCGACGCAGAUGUUGGCACAAACCACUCUGAGGAACAUGUUGGGCACCAAGAGCUUGGCGGACAUUUUGCGAGACCGUGAGGAGAUGGCGGAACAUAUGGAGGAAGUGCUCUAUUCUGCAUCUAAGAACUGGGGGAUUAAACUUGAACGGGUGGAACUGAAGGACGUCAAACUGCCCCAGACUUUACAGAGAGCCAUGGCUGCUGAGGCUGAGGCCACCAGAGAGGCUUGCGCCAAGGUGAUAGCUGCUGAGGGAGAGAUGAAGGCCUCGUGUGCACUGAAGGAGGCGGCGGACAUCAUGUCCGAGUCUCCGGCUGCUCUCCAGCUGCGCUACCUGCAGACGCUGGCUGAGAUCGCCACAGAGAGGAACUCCACCGUGGUCUUCCCCAUUCCCAUGGACCUCAUUACCAGCUUCAUGAGGAUGCGAGCAAACACCUAA